GCGCUCAACGUUGACGGCGCGGCUGAAAAUCGCGGCUAAAAUCGUCUGAAAAAUCGGCUCAAAUCGGCCAAUAACAAGCUCGGCGCACACACAGUGCGUACUCCGUAAGCGGGACGAGCCCUACUGCUACUCUUACUGCUACUGUUGUGCGUGUGUGACUGUGUGCGGGCGCGGACAUGAAGUGAAUAAGAAAUUGGAAAAGCACUAAAACAUAACAUGUACCUAUGGUAUAUACAUAUCUAAAAAAAAAAAAUAAAGAAGAAAUAUAAAUAAAAAUAAAAUAAAAAACGCAAAAGAAAACGCAAGAAACGUGGGUAAGGCCAAAAGCGAGGCAGCAACUAUUCGGCGUCUUCGCCGAUAAUCCGAAAAUACGAAAUACAUAGCGCGAAAUAUUUUUAUUUCGGCUCCAAAUCUACAGAAAUGCACAGAACAGGGAAGCAUUCAGAAAAGCAUUCAGAGAACUCCCAGCUGAGCACAGACUUGCUGCAGAUGUCCAGGAAAAAAUGCAAUAAUAACCAGCAGAGACGGGGCCGUCGGAGGUGGGACCCCAUCAGCCUCCUGACAGUUUUGGUCCUGACCAUUUGCAUGGCCCACACGUCGUUGGCUACUGUCGCCGUGCCCGCCAUUGAGAGCAGCAGCAGUGCCUCCUCCACAGUCGUCACGGUCGCGGUCACGCCAAGCAUCGCGGAUAGAAGCUCCAGCUCCAGCGGAACCGGAAGCAGCACCACGGAAUCGCUGGCCGAACAGCAGCAGCCUCAGGGCCAGUGCCUGCAGGAUGGAGUCUGGGUGGCAGAGACUGCGGUGCGGUGCAAGAAGCAGGCCAGUUGCCGGGCCAUCCAGCGCACAGGCCACUGCUGUCCCGAUUAUAAAUGCGAUUGCGAAAAGGAUGGCAAAACUUAUGCCAAUGGUUAUAAAUUGGUUGAUCCGGACACGCCGUGCACCGUGUGCUACUGCAAAGGCGGCGAUAUUGUUUGCAGCUCGGUGACCUGUUUCCGGCGCGACGACUGCAUGCCCAAAUACGUGCCCGGCCGCUGCUGUCCGGAGUACGACAACUGUCCAAUUCUGGACAACAAUCCGCUGGUUGGCGAGGCCAUGAGUAGCAGCACCUCCACCACCCAGAAGCCGGCACCCCAGGUUCAGCCGGCGGGAUUCAAUUGGAACAUUACCAUCAAAGAGAUAACCAAGCCGACAGAGAUCCGGAUAACGGAUGACAACAAGGUCAAGCCAUCGAUAAUACCCACCCGGAAGGUGGCAAACAGCAACCUGCUGCCAACCACCGAGGGACCUGCGCCACCCACAUCAAGCACAGCAGGAGGAUCUUUGGACAGUACCACGGCGGCGCCAACGACUCCAGCGGCUUCCAUGAGUUCUACGCCAGCUCUUAGCAGCACUCCUGCAGUGGCCAUGUCGCCAGUGCUACCUGCAGCAGCAAGAGCAGCAACACCAACGGUCAUCGGAGCAACACCAACGCAGCCCAGCCAAGACAGCAACCCCAAAGUAGGGGGCUCUGGCAGCAAUGAGAGCUUAAAGCUCAUCGCCUCCGUGGGCUACAUCGAACGGCCGCUGGCCUCCAGCAGCAGCAACGUCGUGGAGCAACAGGUGAAGCCUCUGGUCACCUACAAUUCCGAUGGACUGCAGCCGCUGGCGGAAAGUGAUCCUAGCAAGGUGAACAUCAAGCGGGAGUACACCACCGAGGGAGUUGAAUCUAGCACCAGGAACUACGAGGAGGCAGCUCCACUUAAUGCAGGCCUAUUUAUUCAAAAUGGAUUCAGGGAUUCACUAGUUGAAUCAGAUAGGGACCUAGAACCGGAUACGGCCGGAAGUGACAACAUCUACCACAUCAUCUCGACCACCGAGGGGCCUGGAACCGCCUCGAACAAGAUCACCACAGAUGGACCGCCUAGAGCCAGUCAGGAGGCCUCACCCUCCGGUAACAUUACCAAAUCCGAGACCGAGAUCAGCACAGAGGGUCCGGCAGCUGUGAGCAGUGAGAUGCCGCCGCUGCGUUCUACCCACCACAUGGAGGUUGAAGAUGAUGUGCCCCAGGUGGAGUCAAAUCCCGCCUAUCCCUCGCUGCCCGGCGACGACUUCAGUCUGCGCGACGUCAACUUUCCCUUGGUUGAGCUCGAAGAUAUAGGCGAGCCCGAGAACGAUGAGCCCAGGAGCAUAACCAGUCCCUUUGAUAUGGACACCAGGCAUGUGAAGCUGACGCCUGACAUGACUCUGGAUGGUAGUGGCAGCGGCGGCGGCAGCGGUGGCGGUGACAUUGAUCUCUACCAAGAGAAAUCCUCCACCACGGAUCGCAUGAUGGUGGCUGCCUCCUCCGUUCGGGAGAAGAGCGUCCUGGUGCCCCUGCUGAUGUACAGUGGCGAGGACAUAUCCGGAGAGACGCGCAUCCAGAACGGCAGUGAUCUGCAGCAGCUAGAGAAGAUCGCCAGGAACGAGACAGGCGAAGAGGUGGAGCUGGGCAGCGGCGAGAUUCGAGACCGCGAACAGGUCACGCCCAAGACCAUGCCGGUGUCUGCUCUGGAUAUCGAUGAGCUAGGUUCGGGAGCAGGUCAAGUGGGCGGAGUGGAUCCAAAGGCCGAUGCCGAAAGCCUGAAGCUGGACGAAAGUCAAGAGUCCGGGCCCGGGACCAGUUCGGUGGACAAGUCUUCGGCGAGGGCCGAGAAGAGCUUUGUGGAAAGGGCCCUACCACUGGGGCGCCUGUACCUGCAGCGGAUCUACUGAGGAGGAGCCGCAGCAGGAGAAGAUCAAGCCUUUAUUGUAUAUACAUACACCGUGAGGCAAAACUGCCCACACAGAACACUCCGGGAUUUACAGACGGAUUAUCGGACUUUCACACACACUGUCUCGGGAUCCCUGAAGUCUCUGUGCGAGCAGCCCUGCCACAAAGCCUAGUAGCUUGGAAGCGCAACAAAAAUCGAACCAUUCAAGCGAGCGACAGAGUUAGGUUAAGUAGCCAGAAAGGGGAGGGAGGAGGAGGAUCCUUCGAAGAUGAUCAUUUCCAUAGACUGCAUAGAAGACCAUCUGAAUUUAUCGACCUACGAACGUAAUCAUAGCUGGGCUCCCCAAAUGCAAUAACGAAAUGUUUCAUUAUCCGGCAAUCCUGUAUUGCCUAGUUAUAUAUUUCUAUAUUUAUAAAUACAUCGACCUAAGUGCACCUCCAAGACAUCCAUCCAAAUCCACGAUCGAAAUUCAUCGAGUAAGAAGAGAAAUUUUUAACUUGUUUUAUCUCAUCAUGAUUUUAUUUAAUUUGUAAUUUAUUUCUUAUCGAAGUAACGUAUGAACUAACUAUUCGCUCUGGCGGUGAUUUAUUUUUAAAAAUGCAAAGGCAAACUACUAUAUAGUCCUCUUUGAUUUGAAAAGCUUUUAAGUUUAGACUGAAUAUGGCAAAGUUUUAAUUUAAAGCUAAUUACAAUUACUUCUACAUUUAACAACGUAAUUUAUAUAAAAUUUAACUAAUUUAAACUUGACAUUGAAUGAAGGAAGAAGGAUUUCAAAAGCAAAGUGUCAAAAGUAAAAAGCAGUCAUUCUUUAGUUAAUAAUUAAAUACUAUUAUAAACAUAAUUUAUUUAGGCGAUGAUCAUGCACACUCUCUCACGAACACACCGAUUUUUUCGAGACAAACUAAACUACAUUAUGAAAAUACUUUAACUAGCGUUAAUUUAGUAUCAAGCUCAUUUUAAAAUGUAUGAAUUAUGAAAUAAAAAUGAGGUAAUUCUAGAGCAAAAAGAGGGAAUUUUUAAG